GCAGCCGAAGAAACAGGAUGUUAAUGAUUGACGGAAUGCCUGCCGUCCGAGUCAAAGCUGAGCCCCUGGAAUCGGAACAAGGGUCACCUAAAGUUCGCCCUUAUUCUGCGAUGGAUGGCCUCCCCUUCUUCCUCAGCAGAGUGAAACCCGAACCCCCUGAAGACCUGCUCGCUCACGACCUCCACUUCCACACGCAGACCGAGCCUGUGGACUUGUCCAUCAACAAACCACGCCCCUCUUCUUCAUCUGCCACCACGAAAACCUCAUCGCCCUCCUCAUCGUCGUCCCCUCACAGAUCCGCCUUUUCCCCAUCGUCCCUAUCGUCGUCGUCGUCCUCCUCAUCCUCUCCAUCGGUGAUCACCUCAGCCUCGUCAGUGCUCACGCCAGGCCCUCUGGUUGCCCCUGGAAGUGGGGUGAGAGGUCAGCCGUAUUUGCACAUCCUGCAGUCUGUGCCGCCGCCUCCAUCCAGCCCCCUGAGCCUGCAGGGAGCAGGGAAGCUGGCCAGCCAUGUUCACCGCAUCCCUGUUGUGGUGCAGUCGCUGCCGCUCAUGUACACCACUGCGAUGCGAUCGCCCUCCAGCCUUAACAACGCUAUCAUGCUACCUCUGCUGGAAGAGGCCAAAAGCCAGGGCAAAGUGCAUACAGACCCCAAUGGCCUGUCACCGAGGCAGAUCAAAAGUGAUAGUGAUGACGACGACCUGCCAAAUGUAACCUUGGACAGUGUUAAUGAGACCGGCUCCACGGCGCUGUCUAUAGCCCGCGCUGUACAAGAAUCAUUCAAAGAACUAUCUAACAGCUCCAUGUCCCCGUUCAGUAUUGACAGCAUACGACGCCCCCGGAGGUCAGAGUCACCCGAUUCAAAGAAGAGAAGAAUCCACAGAUGUGAUUUUGAGGGCUGCAAUAAGGUGUACACCAAAAGCUCACACUUAAAAGCACACCGGAGGACGCACACAGACACACACACACACACACACACAGAUCCUUAUUCUUCACACGGCGAGGAGACAGAGAUGGAGAAAUGGAUGGAUGGAGGUGCACAGAGCUUGCGGAGCACAAAAACAGGGUCACUUCUGGAUCCUCGUUGGAUUGGAAGGAAACAAUGGCUGGAUCUUUGAAAGCCAUUGGAUUAUAAUACGAAACUGUGUUUAACAGCAUCGUUUGUUAUCGUUUCCCAGUGAUUUUUAAGAUUAAGUCACACUCUUUAUAUGAACAAUCUAUACAUAUAUACAUAUAUAUGUAUGUGUGCAACUUUCUUUUCAAUACUGUUCAAACAGCUGCUUUUCCAGCAUACAAAAAUGUGAAAGACCCCUCUGAAAACACAAGAAGAAGAAGUUACACCUGGAGCUGAUUACAGGAAAAGACUUGGCUGGAGUUGGAGUUACAGACAGUAUUUGUUUUGCUUUGCCUCCCUGUGAAUUUAAACUAUGACCAGAAGAGGGCGCUGUUUAAUUACUGAAGUUAUUUUUCUUUUUAAAUGUGGCAUUCGCUGUCAGAGCUGAGGCAUCCAAAACUUUCCUAUUGCCAGCAAAGCGUAAACUACAUCAACUCAAGCAGCCGCAACCUGAAAGGAUCAACUUUAUCUGCACAUUUGAUCUGUCAACAGCUUUUGUUUCAAAUAAUGAAAACUGGACACACACUUCAUCACACCAGCAACUAAAAMCACAACUUUAGAACACACGGACACUGGACAACCCCAUUCUUCAUCAGUGCUAUUCUUUAUGUUGAGCCUCUUGAAAUAAUUUUCAAAAAAAUGAAAAAUAUGUUUUUUUGUGGGUUUCGAGCUGUGAUUAGCAAUCAGUAAAAGUGCAAUCUUAAAUGAUAUAUAAAUAUAUAUACUUUCAGUAUGAAAAUGUUUUGUUUUAUUGAAUCUUUCUUCUUUUUUUAAAUGCCUGCUUGUUGCUUAUGUUUGACUUUGAAAAAUACAACCCUUCAUGUACAGUGAACUUUUAAACAAUCAGAGGAGAUUUGCGGGAUGUGAAAAAUGUUAAUAAUAACAAUAAUAAUAAAAAAACAACAACAGAGGCACUUUAGAGACUUUCAUUCUGUCCCUACCUACUAUUCCAUUACAGUCAACUCAGACUUUUCUGCUUUUGCAGUGUGUUUUGUUUUUAAAGCACAAUGCCACAUGACCAUAAGCUGACACUGACAUUAGCUGAAAGGGUUAAAAAGAUGAUUUAGUGCACAGAAGAGCAAUACAUCCUGAAUAAAGUGAGGAGGAGGAACCACGUUUUUGCUCUGUUUGUUGAUGUGAAAAUCAGAGAAAGAGCAUCUGAGUCAGCCUCGGUCCGUUUCCUUAACUCUCUGUUACCGUCUAGUCUGUCACUCCAAAUCACAAAUUCUGGUGUCUCAGCUGGUGAUUGGCUCCAUUCAAAUUUAUGUUUUAGUUGAUUUUUCAUCUACAAAAUGUCACUUAAAAUGCUYUGAGCUCAGUUUAGACAGAUGUUAGUAUUGUUCCCUAAGAUUUUGGCAACAGACGGUGCUGAAAAAUGCAGGAGUUGCAUACAUACACACUGAAUACAUUCAUAAUAUGGACAUUAAAGGAAUAGUUCAAAUAUUUUGGAGUGGCAUUGUGUGGUAAAGUAAUGAACAAUUAUUAUCUUAUAAAAYUCAGCUUUGGAAAGUGAAAAUAAACCACAUUAGUACUGGAGCAGAAUCCAGAUUAAAGUGGACUGCAAUGAUCUUAAAACAGCUUAGAAAAUCAACAUAGAUUUUUGUGAAGCCUACAUUGUACCUUCACACCAAAAUCAUUUUGCAUAACAAGAUUAUUUCAGUUCAAAAAUAUUAUUUUCUUGCUGCCUAAAACUAUUUAAACUGUAAAAAACAUUUAUAGCAGUUCAUGCAAAUGCUAUUUUAUUAAUUUUUAUUAUCUAUUGUAUUAUUUAUUUUAUAUGAAUUUCUAUUUUAUUUCAACUAGUUUACAUGAAUGUUCUGGCAGACAUUUUCCCCCAGGUACUCCAGUGCUAUUAGCAUUAAAUGAAGGUAAAAUACACCCAAAAAACAGAAAUUUAACCAGUUCGCAUGGUUAGGUAAAUCCAACACAUCUGUUUUUUUGAGUGAAAAGUUAUUAUAAGGUUUUGCAUGCACUACAAUAAACUUUUUGUAUUUGCGAAUGGAGUUGUUUAAGACAGUAGAGACCUUUGUUCAUGUCGGCUUUGCUCAGACUAGCCAUCAGUGUGAUCAGAAUGAAACUCAGUUUAAAGAAACACUUCAAACUGAGGCCAUUCCAAAAGCUAUCUACAUCAGGUAUGAUAUUAACUGCUCAUUACUUUACCACAGACACCCUCACUUCAGCAGAACCACAUUAUAUUGUCGACAAUACGACUUCCGAUGCAGUUAC